AUGAAACAAUACACUAUAUGUUCCAAUGAAACGAAAGCUUUGCAGCGCAUACAAUACUACAUACUCUCUUCUCUUACACUCAAAUUGCCUCCAUCACUACCGGAUACAAAUACCGCUAGCUGCGCGAGAGGCGAAGUAUUUGGCAAACUGGAUUAUACCGCAGAUAAUAACGGGCCAUGGGAGAAGAAUCCGGCUGUCGCUGUGAGUGCUGCUGGCAGUGCCGGCAGCGGCGGUCACGGUUCCGGCAGCGCGACGACACUGGCCAGCGGUGGCACCACAACAACAACCACCGUAACGCCAAUCACCACAGUCGCUGGCAUUAAGCCGCUGCAACAGCAAUUGCAACAACAACUGAUGCAUCAGUUGCAACAACGGCAGCUGCAGCAGCACCAUCAACACCACCAACAUGUACAGGGCGCGGCUGGCGCUGGCGCCGGCACCGCCAGUGGCAUAGGCUCGGCUGGUGGCAACAAUUCGACUGCGGGCGGCGGUGGGCACUCGCAUUUGCAUGCCACCCAUUCGCACCCGCAUCAACACGCCCACGCGCACACCCAUACACACGCACAUCAGCAUGUGCAUCACCAAGGCGCUGGCGUUGCACUGCUACAGCAACAGCAGCAACAACAACAGAAGCAAUUGCAACAUCAGCACUCGCAUCCACCGUUGGCGCCACACGCACAUCCGCCGUUGCAGCAUCACGUCUCGCUGGGCGGUGCCGGCAGUCAUCGCUAUCAGUCCAUGGUGGCGGCUGUGGUGCAACAGCAGCAAAUGCAACAACAACACCAACAGCAGCAGCAACAGGCCACGCAGCAGCAAGCACAGCAGCAACAGCAGCAACAACAACAGCAGCACCAUCACCAUCGCCAGCAUUCCACGCCGCAACAUCACCGCUCGGCAUCGCAACACUCCGCCACUACCAUAAGGCGCCGCACACUCUCGCACGUUUCACGCUCUUAUUCGGCGUCCGCGGCCGCCGCAGCUGUAGCAGCAGCAGCAGCUGCCGCCUCAUCCAAUGCGAAGAACUCUGGCGGCGGUGGCGGUAGUGGUGCCAGCAUACAGGUCGCCACGAGUGUGGAACGCUCUCGUUGCCGUUCACCAAUGAUGCUGUGCCACAGCCACAGCGACGGCGAGUUUCCCAUGUACAAAGGUAAGUACAACAACAGCUAAUGUUUCCAACCAAUGGUCAAUAUGUUUCCCCAUAGUUGUGAACUACUUCAACUCUGAAGCAGUACAGAGCUUAACGCGAGCUUUUGGUUGGGCCACAGUUUCGGAAUCGUUCAAAGCACCUAAGCUUAGCAUAUGGGUCCAGCUGUGGUCCUCAUAUCUAGGGAACAACAUUUUGUAUCUUAGCAAUAAUUUAGCGGCAGUUCAUUCCGAAGCUCCUUUAUAAUGUUUAAAAACAAAGUUU